CUCAUUCAUUCACUCAUUCAUUCACUCACUCAUUCAUCACAGCCAUCCAUCCCAUCCAUCCCAUCCAUCCAUCCAUUCAUUCAUUCAUUCAUUCAUUCAUUCAUUGAAAUCAUUAAUCAAUUAAAGUAAAGGCAUAAAAAUACAGUUAUAGACUGAACACAGCAAUGGCCUCAUUACAAGCACGCAGUAUGGCCCUGCUGGCCCUUCUCUGCUUCUUCAUACCCUCUGUCCUCGCGCAAGGAGCGCAAGGAAUUGCCGUUGACCCGAACAAUCCUGGUGAGGUUAUCCGUAUCACUGUAAGCGGCACGAUUGUUGCAAUCGUACUGAUGGUCGCUGGUUUCAUCUUUGCUUUCUUCGGCCACAAGUUCUUCAAGAUCACUCUCUUCCUUGCUGGAUUCUACGUCUGCAGCACAUUGGCAUGGAUUGCACUCAAGAAUGCCGAACCUGCUGUUGGAUAUGAGAACGCGCAAUGGAUUUACUUGGGUGUUUCUGGUGCAGCUGGUUUGCUGGGAGGCUGUCUUUUCCUCUGCUUCUGGCGACUGGGCUUUGCUGCUUUGGGCGCUAUCUCCGGAUUCUACUUUGCAAUCUUUGUUCUUUCCUGGGCAUCCUCAGGCGUGAUCUCAAACGGAACGGGUCGCACCAUCUUCAUCAUUGCCUGUGUGAUUGUUGGCAUUGUGCUCACAUUCUUUGUGGAACGUCAUGUGGUGAUCUUGGGUACUGCCUUGGUUGGAUCCGGAUCGUUCUUUGUGGGUCUGGACAACUUCGUACACACUGGGUUCUCAGAUGCAUUCAUCCAGUUCUUGAGCGGAAAGAAGACUGGAUUGAUUGGAGGCGAUGGAUACGUGGUCUCUGGAAAGGUGUAUGGCAUGUUAGCAGGCACAUUGGCUAUGUUUGUCGUCGGCGCAUGCUUCCAAUACUAUAAGCAUCGUGGAUCUUGGGUCCCCAAGACACAUCGUCCACAAUACAAGCCUCAGCCUCAGCAUGAGCAGCCCUAGAAGGAACAACGAAACAAUAGCAAUCAUAGUAAAUACCUCAUUUUCAGCUUUCAUCGAUCAUAUUGUCUUUCCCAUUUCAAUAAUGCUUUUCAAAAAUAAAAAAUAAAAAAUAGCCAAGAAUGGCCACUGUACAGACACA